AUGGACGACGGCGAAGCCCUGGAAGCCACGCACCAGCACCGCUCCCGCUGCUGCUUCCAAGAAUGGAUGCAACUCCAGCGCCAAGACCUAACCCUCCUCCUCGAAUCCAUUCACAACACCCACAACGACGACCAAUCCAGAACCCUCAUCCGCAAUUGCCUCGCGCACUUCGAGGAUUACAUAACCAAUCGCAGGCGCUUCGCGGAGGAGGACGCCUUCCCAUUCUUCGCACCCACAUGGUGCACGUCGUUAGAGAAUUCCUUGCUCUGGAUUGCAGGGUGUCGGCCAUCGAUUUUCAUACGGUUGUUGUAUGCGUUAAGUGGGUGUGAAGUGGACGCGAGGUUGGGCGAGUGGUUGGAAGGGAUUAGAGGGGAGAGUGGGAAUCAUCAUCUCCAUGUGGGGAAUUUGUCGGCGAGUCAGUUGGUGCGUGUGAAUGGGCUGCAUAUGAGGACGGUGCGAGCAGAGGAGAGGCAGGGGAGGGAGAUGGCGAGCUGUCAGGAGGAGCCGGCGGAUGAGCCGAUUGCGGUGAUUGUGAAUGAGAUGGAGGGGGUGGUGGGGGAGGAGGUGGGGGAGGCGGCGGAGAGGGCUUUGAAGGAGCAUGAGAGGGAGAUGAGGAGGAUGAUGGAGAAGGCGGAUGAGUUGAGGUUGAAGACGAUUAAGGAGGUUAUGGAGAUUUUGGAGCCGGUUCAGGCGGUGGAGUUUUUGGUGGCGAGUAAGAAGCUUCAUCUCUCGUUGCAUCAAUGGGGGAAACGCCGAGAUGAGAGGCAUGGGAGAAGAUGUUGA